AUGGAAGAUAAUACCUCGCAAAUUGAAACUGGUGCAUCUGGACAUCCGGAUUUUAUUAUUUCUUAUCACCACAAACUUCCACAUGAAGAGCGGCAACUUUUAGAUGGGUCGACCAAAACUGUAGGAGUUGUGAUUAAACAGUCCUCUUUUUUAGUUGUGAUAGUUUCGCACACGGUUUCUCUAGAAAGUUGUUCCGUCGACUGUACUUUACUUUAUGACAAUGCAGAAAAAUCCGAAGUCCACUUCAUCAACCAAAAACCAAUCACUUUCAACAGCCAAAUUAGUGGUAACAACUCAAUGAAUGUCGAAUUAAGAAUAU